CCGUGCAAUUCAAUCCUUGAGAGAGAUUUAUUUGCUGAGGAGGCGCAGUGGAUCUGGGCUAUCUGAGAUUUUGAGAGAAAGAUGGGGGUGGACGCGAUUUUGAUUAGGAUGUGCUUCGCGCUCCUCCUCAACGCCGCCCAGUCCUUCUACCUCCCCGGCGUCGCUCCCCAGGAUUUUCAGAAGGGCGAUCUUCUGAAAGUUAAAGUGAAUAAAUUGGCCUCUGUAAAAACUCAACUUCCUUAUGCCUACUAUUCCCUUCCUUAUUGUAAACCAAAGAAAAUUGAGGACAGUGCCGAGAAUCUUGGGGAAGUUCUUCGUGGUGAUCGCAUUGAGAACUCCCCUUAUGAGUUUAAGAUGCGAGAACCACAGAUGUGCAAUGUUGUUUGUCGUGUUACACUAAGCGACAAAGAGGUAAAAGAUUUCAAAGAAAAGAUUGAUGAUGAAUAUCGAGUGAACAUGAUUUUGGAUAAUCUCCCCCUGGUUGUGCCUUUUAAGAGACCCGAUACAGAUACCCUGGUUUAUCAGCAUGGUUUUCCAGUUGGUUUUAAAGCUCAAUAUGCUGGUAGUAAAGAGGAGAGAUAUUUUAUCAACAAUCACUUGGCAUUUACUGUGAGGUAUCACAAGGAUGAAGAAACUGAUGCUGCAAGGAUUGUGGGUUUUGAAGCCCAACAUUUUAGUAUUAAGCAUGGAUAUGAUGGUAAAUGGGAUGACAGUAAAACACGACUGACAACAUGUGAUCCUCAUGCAAAACACACAGUAACUAACUCCAACACUCCACAUGUGGUUGACGAUAAGGAAAUCAUAUUUACUUAUGAUGUGGAGUUUCAGGAAAGUGAAGUCAAGUGGGCUUCUAGAUGGGAUACCUAUCUUUACAUGGCUGAUGAUCAAAUCCAUUGGUUCUCUAUUGUCAAUUCUUUGAUGAUUGUUCUCUUUCUCUCGGGAAUGGUGGCUAUGAUUAUGCUGCGGACUCUUUAUCGUGACAUCUCUAGGUACAACCAGUUGGAGACUCAAGAAGAAGCUCAAGAAGAGACUGGGUGGAAAUUAGUUCAUGGAGAUGUUUUCAGGCCUCCAACGAAAUCAGAUUUGCUCUGUGUUUAUGUUGGUACUGGGGUUCAGUUUCUCGGGAUGAUACUGGUGACAAUGAUUUUUGCAGCACUGGGCUUCCUAUCCCCCUCUAACCGAGGAGGGCUGAUGACAGCGAUGCUUCUUCUUUGGGUGUUAAUGGGAAUUUUUGCAGGAUAUACCUCUGCCCGUCUCUACAAGAUGUUCAAAGGAGCAGAGUGGAAGAAAAUUACUCUGCAAACGGCUUUUAUGUUCCCUGGAAUUGUCUUUGCUAUUUUCUUCGUUCUGAAUACGCUGAUUUGGGGCGAGAAAUCCUCAGGAGCUGUGCCAUUUGGUACUAUGUUUGUAUUGGUGCUCAUGUGGUUUGGAAUUUCAGUUCCACUUGUGUUUGUAGGUAGCUACAUAGGCUUUAGAAAGCCAGCCAUUGAGGCUCCAGUGAAAACCAAUAAAAUUCCAAGGCAGAUACCCGAGCAGGCCUGGUACAUGAACCCAUUCUUCUCUAUCUUAAUUGGAGGCAUCCUCCCGUUUGGUGCAGUAUUCAUCGAGCUGUUCUUCAUCCUGACCUCUAUAUGGCUGCAGCAGUUUUACUACAUUUUUGGUUUCCUUUUCCUCGUGUUCCUCAUCUUGAUUGUGACCUGUGCUGAGAUCACUGUCGUGCUAUGCUAUUUCCAACUGUGCAGCGAGGACUACUUGUGGUGGUGGAGAUCUUACCUUACGUCAGGUUCCUCAGCUUUAUACCUAUUCCUCUAUGCGGCGUUCUACUUCUUCACAAAGCUCAACAUAACAAAACCUGUCUCGGGCAUCCUGUACUUUGGCUAUAUGUUGAUUGGUUCAUAUGCGUUCUUCGUGUUGACUGGUACGAUUGGUUUCUACGCCUGCUUCUGGUUCACGAGACUCAUCUACUCAUCGGUCAAGAUAGACUAGAUCACUUUCUUCUGGCUUCUCAUAUUAUAGUGAUUAUAGUUUGACGACAUUGUUUUUCAUACUAGCUGUGUUGAUUGAAUCUGUAAUAUUAUUCUCGGUUUGUGUAUUCAUUUUUGGAUGAUUUUGGAGCAAUUCUUGUAGUUUUAUUACGUGGAUACUUUAGCAAGAUUGAUUUGAGUAAAAGAUGUAAGAUCCAGAGAAUUUGCAGUCGAAACUGCAGAGCCAUAAUGAAAAGCCGCAGUAUAUAGUCAUAUUUUUUCCUAUUAA